AUGGUUCUUGGUUACUUCAGUUGGGCGACGGCAUUCUCGCUGCUAGCCAGUACUGCCGGGGCAGCCAUCGUCAAAGGCCAGACGGUUGCGGUGGGCAGUAAUACGUACUACGUGCCUCCGAAUAUUGUCACAACCCUCUCACUGAGCGGAAAAUGGUCGGGCCAGGAGGAUGGUCUGGUACCGCUGACGGUCUUUAGAAGCGAUGCCAGAAACCUGAGCAUCGCCGCCGUCAAGGAUUUGGUAGAUAUCUACGAAAGAACAGAUGACGUUUUUAGCACUGGCUUUUUGGAGAAUGUCUACUUCACAUACAAUGGCAGCCAUAAAAAUCCAGUCCUGGAUGUUUCAUUGCCUUCAUUAUGGCCGACUCGAUUCUUUGGCCAUGCUGCCCCUUACAAUCCCCAGACUUCCGUCAAUAGCACGAGUGACAUACCACCAGGCCCCUACUUCCUGGAUCCAGUCACAGGCAACAUCUACGAAGCCUACCUCCUCUACUCAGACGUCAUGGGUUCCUUCACACAGGGCCUGAUCGCCACAGGGAACAACACCUACGAUGUCCUCCCUGCCAGCCUGCAAGGCUACGACUCACUGACGAUUGGCGUGCCAUCUCGCCUGUACUACACGAAGACGCCGGAAAAGCCGCUUGCCGGUGUCCGUCUGGGAGUGAAAGACAUCUACGACAUCAGAGGCGUAAAGACUGGCUGCGGGAACCGCGCGUACUAUGAUCUCUACCCGGUUUCCAACACGACUGGUCCGGCAAUCCAGUCUCUUAUCGACGCAGGUGCAGUUGUUGUGGGCAAAAUGAAGACAAGCCAGUUUGCAAACGGGGAGACUGCAACAGCCGACUGGGUCGACUAUCACUCCCCCUUCAACGCCCGUGGAGACGGAUACCAGGACCCCAGCUCCUCCUCCUCUGGUCCGGGCUCAGGAAUUGGCGCAUACCCAUGGCUCGAUCUCGCAGUUGGCAGCGACACGGGCGGCUCAAUCCGCAACCCAAGUCAGGUGAACGGAUGUUUUGGAAACAGACCAUCAUUCGACCUUGUCUCUCUCGACAACGUCAUGCCCAUGUCUCCUCUCCUCGAUACCGCUGGCUUUUUGACCAGGGAUGCAAAACUCUGGAAAACAGCCUCGGAAGUUCUCUAUGCUCCCUCCGGCCUGAAGUCAUACACCAAAUACCCCAAGUCUAUUAAGACAAUCGACUUUCCAACAGAGCCAUCCACUGAAGCCAACAAAAUCCUCCUCUCCUUCUUGCAUAAACUCUCAAGGUUUCUCGGAAACGCUACAGUUUCUCCACUGGAUUACGAUCGCCUCUGGGAGCAGACAAAACCAUCGACGGUCUCGUCGGACACGACCCUUACCUCUCUCCUGAACCUAACCUACGCCAUCCUAAUUACAAAGCAGCAAUUUCCUCUCCUUGGUGCAAAACUCUAUGAAGACCAUGCAGCCGCCAAUGACGGGCGCCGUCCAUUUAUCGACCCCGUCCCGUUAAGCCGCUGGAACUGGGGUCUCGGUUACGCGGAUGAGCAGCUCGAGGCCGAGAUUAAUAAUAAGGAAACCUUUAAGUCCUGGUGGAACAGCACCGUCCAGGUAUUUGACGAGGAGACCUGUGCAGAUAGUCUGGUGCUAUAUGUGGGCACUGCUGCAACGCCUACAUAUAGGAAUGUAUAUCGCGAGAAACCAACUGGCUACGGUGCCAAUGCUAACGUGAACAGCAUCCCCGGAAUUCCACUAGGCUUCUCUGUAUCCCGGAUUUCUAACAUGGCUGGUGUUCCGGAUAUGGUAGUCCCAGUCGGCCAAGCCCGGUACAACUCUACUAUCACUAUGCGAGAGGAGUACCUCCCCGUCGCCGUGGACAUUAUUGCCCCGCAUGGCUGCGAUCUCAUGGUGUUUAAUCUUGUCAAUGAGCUGGUGGAAAAGGGGAUCGUGAAGGAGCCAGUGGCGGGGUCGACGAUGUAUGGGGAUGAGACGAUUUAUUAA